AUGGCCGCCCGCGAUGACACGACGGCAAAGCGCAAGGCUCCCCCCAGCGGUUUGAAGUCCGGUAAGGGUGCGGCCGGUUCCGAGGCUUGGCCACCGGACCCGGACCUGACCUUCGGACGCGAGAAUCCGGCCACCGAGCCGGACCUGAAGACCGGCGUCUGCCCCUCCAAGGGGGAGAAGGACGCCAGAGAGCCGGACCUGAAGCUGCCGCCGACUUCGGCGGACGUGGAUCCGGCAGCGCCUGCACAGGAUGCCGAAGCCCCGGAGCCCUCCGAGGACGGCAGCACGAGUUUGAUCAAGGGUGUGCAGUCCGACGAAGGAACUGCCGAGAGCAAGGAUACAGCUGACGUGAGUGAGGCACUUAAUAAGGAUCGCGGCGCCCCCGAGGGCGACAGUCUUGCCGAAUCCGAAGCUGCGGCACAGGAAGACAUCAAGGGCGCCGGCCUUGGCGUGACGCUGCGAGCCAAGGACGUGAUCGAAGAUGCGUCCGACAAGGACUGGGCGAUCGCACCGUCCUCGGUCGACUUCGAGGAUCCGCUGGUCCGCUCGCUUUCCCUUCUCGCCGGCCUCCUGCAGCGGCCGAUUUCCGUUGAGGCCCUGAAAGCGGGGCUGCCCCAUGCCCAGGAGGCCUUCACGCCGGAACUGGCGGUCCGCUCCGCCGAACGCGCCGGCCUCUCCGCCCGGGUGGUGCGUCGGCCCCAGCUCUCGAAGAUCCUGCCCGUAACCCUGCCGUGCAUCCUUCUGCUGAAAGGCGGGAACUGCUGCGUGCUGAUCGAACUCGCCAACGGCCAGGCAGACGUGCUGCUGCCCGAGGCCGGGGGCACCUCGAAGUCUUUGGAUAUGCGUGCACUGCAGGAGCAGUUCACCGGCUACGCCAUCUUCGCGCGCACCGAGGCGCGCUUCGACGAGCGGGCGCCGGAACGCAAGCUGUCGGAGCCGCGGGCCUGGUUCUGGGGAACACUGGCCCAGUUCUGGCCGAUCUACAGCCACGUGGUUCUGGCUUCGCUGCUGAUCAACUGCUUCGCCAUCGCCAGCCCGCUCUUCAUUAUGAAUGUUUACGACCGCGUGGUGCCCAACCAGGCGAUCGAAACGCUCUGGGUGCUGGCAAUCGGCGUGCUCACGGUCUUCGGCUUCGAAUUCGUGAUGCGCAACCUGCGCACCUACUUCGUCGACAUCGCCGGCAAGAACGCAGACGUCAUCAUCGCCAGCCGGCUGCUGGAACAGUUGAUGUCGACCCGGCUCGACUCCAAGCCGGCAUCGACCGGAGCGAUGGCCAACAACUUGCGGGAAUUCGAAUCGCUGCGCGAGUUCUUCACCUCGGGAACGCUGGUGGCGCUGGUCGACCUGCCCUUCAUCUUCCUGUUCAUCGGUGUGAUCUAUAUCGUCGCCGGCCCGGUCGCCUUCGUCCCGCUGGCCAUGGUGCCGCUGGUUAUCUGCGUCGGGCUGUUCCUGCAGUUCCCCCUGCGCAACGUGAUGGAGAAGAGCCAGCGCGAAGCGAGCCAGAAGCACGCCCUUCUGGUCGAGACCAUCGACGGCCUGGAAACCAUCAAGGCCACCGCCGCCGAGGGCCGCGUCCAGCGCUCUUGGGAGCGCUUCGUGGGGCUCUCCGCCGAAUCUUCGGGCCAGGCACGUUUUAUCUCCGGCCUGGCCACCACCUUCGCCCAGAUCGCCAUUCAGAUGUCGACAGUGAUCGUGAUUGUCUUCGGCGUGUACCAGAUCGCCGAGGGCAACAUCACCAUGGGCGCGUUGAUCGCCGCCACCAUCCUGACCGGCCGCGCGCUGGCCCCCCUGGGUGCGGUGGCGGCCAUGCUGACGCGCCUGCAGCAGUCCAGGGUCGCCCUGCGGUCACUCGACGAUGUGAUGAAGGCGCCGGCGGAGCGCGCGCAAAACAAGCGCUUCCUGCACCGUCCGCGGCUGAGCGGCCAGAUCGAGUUCAAGCAGGUGACCUUCAGCUAUCCGGGCCAGGAGACAAAGGCGCUCGACAGCCUCUCCUUCAAGAUCAAACCCGGUGAGAGGGUCGGCAUGCUCGGCCGCAUCGGCUCCGGCAAGAGCACGGUUUCGCGCAUGAUGGUCGGCCUCUAUGAGCCGAUGGACGGCGCGAUCCUCAUGGACGGGACCGACAUCCGGCAGGUCGAUCCGGCCGACCUGCGCCGCAACGUCGGUUAUGUCUCGCAGGACAACUACCUGUUCUUCGGCUCGGUGCGCGACAACAUCUGCUUCGGCGCCCCUCAUGUGGACGACGAAACGAUCCUGCGCGCGGCCGAACUCGCCGGGGUGAGCGACUUCCUGCGCACCCACCCGCUGGGCUUUGACCUGCCGGUGGGCGAGCGUGGCAUGGCGCUUUCAGGCGGUCAGCGCCAGUCCGUCGCCAUCGCGCGCUCCAUGCUUCUGGACCCGCCGAUCAUCCUGCUGGACGAGCCGACGAGCCAUAUGGACAACUCCUCGGAGGCCGCCUUCAAACGGCGCCUGGAGGGCAUGCUGCCGGGCAAGACUCUUUUCCUGGUAACACACCGCAGCUCCCUGCUGACCCUGGUCGACCGCCUGUUGAUCAUCGACAACGGCAAAAUCGUCGCGGACGGCCCGAAAGACGAGGUACUGCGGGCGCUGCGCCAGGGCCAGAUCCGGGCCAGCAGCGUCUUCGAUCGUGACGAUCUCGACUUCAUGCCGGAUGUCCAUGCCGCCGCCCGGGACCGCGGGCGGCGCUUCGCCUACAUCCUGACGGUCAUCUCGGUUAUCUUCUUCAUCGUCAUGGGCGUCUGGGCCCACUAUGCGGUUCUGGACGAGGUCACCCGCGGCGAGGGGACCAUCAUCCCCUCCUCCAAGACCCAGGUCAUCCAGAACCUGGAAGGCGGCAUCCUCUCGGAAAUCCUGGUCCGCGAGGGCGAUAUCGUAGAGGCCGGCGACGUUCUGGUGCGGAUCGAGAACACCAUCGCCACCGCGAACCUGGAAGACGCCCGGUCCCAGUACCUCAGCCUGCAGGCGACCGAGGCCCGUCUGAUCGCCGAGCUCGAGCAGCAGGAAGCGGUCGAGUUCCCGCAGUCGGUCUCCGACGAGGCGCCCAUCGUGGUUGCCGACCAGAGGCGCCUCUUCAACGCGCGCAAGCGUCAGCUCGCCGCCCAGGUUUCGGUGCUCGAAUCCCAGGCCAGCCAGCGCAAGCAGGAAGUCGCCGAGAUGGGCAGCCGCCGCCGCCAGCUGGAGCAGAGCCUGCGCCUGGCGCGGGAGGAACAGGCCAUCACCGCGCCGCUGGUGCAGAAGGGCAUCAUGCCCCGCAUCGAGCUGAUCCGCAUCGACCGCCAGGUCGCCGACCUGGAGGGCGAGAUCCGCACCAUCCGAACCGCCAUUCCGCGCCUGCAGUCGGCCCAGAAAGAGGCCGAGCAGCGCAUCGACGAGAUGGUCCUGACGACGCAGACGGAAACCUCCGACGAGUUGAACCGGAUCCGUGCCGAACUGAAGUCGAUCUCCCAGUCGCUCUUCGCCGGCCAGGACCGGGUCACCCGAACCGCCGUGCGGUCGCGCGUGCGCGGCACGGUCAAGAACCUGAAGCGCACAACGGUCGGCGGCGUCAUCCAGCCGGGCGAGGACAUCAUGGAGAUCGUGCCGCUUGACGACACGCUUCUGGUCGAGGCCCAGGUUCGCCCGGCCGAUAUCGCGUUCCUGCGUCCGGGACAGGAAUCCAUCAUCAAGGUCUCGGCCUACGAUUUCUCCAUCUAUGGCGGACUGACCGCCAGCCUGGAACGGAUCUCCGCCGAUACCAUCAAGGACGAACAGGGCGAGAGCUUCUACCGUGUCUAUCUGCGCACCGAGGAAAGCCACCUGGAGCGCAACGGCGAGACCCUGCCGAUCAUUCCCGGCAUGACCGUGACGGCAGAGAUCCUGACCGGAGAGAAGUCCGUUCUGGAUUACCUCAUGAAGCCCAUUCUCAAGUUGGAUCGCCGCGCCUUCCUUCGUUCGUCCGCAGUCGUGCUCGGCACCGCCCUCGGCGGCGCCGCGAUCGAGGCCGUGGCGAACCCGGCGGCGGCGCAGUCCCUGGGUGAUUUUCUGAAGUCCAGCCGCAACCGCGGCAAAGGCCUCUUCGGCUCCACCGAGAUUUCUUCGGCCAAUCUGAAGGCGCUGCCGCAAUGGGCCCGGGUGCUCUCGAAAAUGGAGCAGGAGCGCAGCAGCUUCCAUGCCUGCCUGAACAGCGCGGCCGCCUGUACCUCGGCCGGCCUGAAAUCCUGGCGGGAGGUUGCCACCGCCGCCAAGGGCCGGCCCCGCCUGGAGAUGCUGAAGACCGUCAAUCAAUACUUCAACCGCUGGCCCUACAAGAUCGACCAGGAGCUCUAUGGCGUCAGCGAGUUCUGGGCGAGCCCCAAGGAGUUCAUGAAGCGCUCCGGGGACUGCGAGGACUAUUCCAUCGCGAAGUUCUUCGUGCUGCGGGACCUCGGCCUUUCCAACGAGGAAUUGCGGGUGGUCAUUCUGAUGGACCGGAUCCGGCGUAUCGGCCAUGCGGUUCUGGCGGUCUACCAGCCCGAUGACAUCCUGGUCCUGGACAGCCUCAGCGACCUGAUCUUCUCCCACAAGAAGUACCGGCACUACCUGCCCCAGUACUCCAUGAACGAGACCACGCGCUGGGCGCACUUCUACGACAAGAAACGUCCUGAAACGGCUGAUCCGCUGGAAUUCCCGGCGCUCGAUGCCAGACCGGCGCCUCCGGGUCGGUGGCGCAUGCUGCUCUGGGGCGGCAUUGUGCUGGCAGUUUUCGUUGUGGCGGCCAUCCUGGUGCCGCGCCUGACCAUAGAGGCCAAGCGGGACCAGCUUAUCGAACAGGUGGCCGAGCGCCUGCAGCUGACCGCCGGCGGCCAGGCCGAGGUGCUUUCCACCUGGCUUCAGGGAACCCGGCGCCUCGCCCAGCCGGUCGUCGAAAGCGAGCUCAUCCGGCUUUUUUCCGCCGAGAUGGACCUGGCCGACGGCGACAUGUCGCGCAUGGUCGCCCCGCAGAGCGGCGAAGACGGCGGGCUCGGUGUACCGCUGGUCGAACAACUCCCCUUCAUCGAACGGGUGAUCAGCGACUUCGCGGCAAACGCCGACUUCCUGGCCGCCUACCUGGUCGGCCGCAACGGCGAUGCCUUUGUCGCUUCCAGCGGCUCGGCGAGCUUUGGCGCCGAACAGCGCGCGCUGGCGCUGCAGAGCUUCGAGCGCGGACAGACGGUUUUCGGGCCGGCCCGGAGCUUGCCGGCGGGCCUCGUGCUCGACAUGGUCAUGCCGGUCUUCGCCGCACAGGUAGAACCCGGCGAAGCCAGGCCCGUUGCCGCCCUGGUGCUGGUCGUGCCGCUGACCGCCGGGCUGUCGGACAUCCUCUCCGUCGACCCGCUCGCCAGCCCGGGCACGCGGCGCGUGCUCAUCCAGUUGGACGACGGCGCCUUGGCCCGCAUCGCCCCCGGCGCCGCCGAGCCGGUCAAGGCGGUAACCUUGGACGGCUUCGACCUGGCGGCCGGCGAGGUGCCUUUCGCGGAGCGUCCUUCCCUCACCAAACCGAUUCAGGUCUAUUCCGCAGGCGCCAUGGUCUCCGGCCCCAUAUGGUGGAUUGUGGAGGAACUGGAGGUCACCGUCGCCGAGCGGCCCCUUGCCACCUUCUCCAUCGCGGCCGUCCUGGUUGCCGGCCUGGUGGUCCUCGUGGCCGCUGCUGCCUUCGGCGCUUUUUGGUGGCGUCUGUCGAGCCAUCACAACGAGACGCUGGCCGUGCAGUAUCGCGACCUUGCCGGGCGCAUUCAGGCCCAGAAGCAGCUCAUGGAAAGCAUCAACGGUACGAUCUCGGAGCACAUUGCUCUGAAGGCACCCGACGGGACCUACCGCUAUGUGAACCCGGCCUUCGCCUCGGCGGCGGGCCGCAGUCAGCAAAGCAUGAUCGGACUGGACGAUGCCGCGGUUUUCGGACGCGGUACCGCCAAGCGGCUGGCGCUUACCGACCGGCGCGCCCUCGAUGAAGACACGGCCGUCACCACAAACGAAGAGAUCUACCUCGACUCGACGAAGCGCUAUCUGCAGAUCUCAAAGGUACCCUUCCGCGAUGCCGAGGGCGCUGCUCCGGGCCUUGUGUCGGUGUCACGCGAUGUCACCGAACUGGUCGAGCAGCAAGAGAAGAAGGAACGUGCCAUCCAGCAGAUGGUCACCGCCCUGGUGCGCGCGAUCGAGCUGCGCGACCCCUACCUGGCCGGGCACUCCCGGCGCGUCGCGGACUUCGCGGUGGCCGUCGGCAAACAGCUCGGCUGCAGCGAGGACGACCUGACGACGCUGGAGCUCGCGGCCAAUCUCUCCCAGAUCGGCAAGCUCGCCGUCCCGGAGGAACUGCUGACCAAACCGGCCCGUCUGACGGAGGAGGAAAUCCGCCAGAUGGAAACCCAUGUCGAGCAUGCGGUUCAGCUUCUCGGCGGGAUCGAUUUCGAGCUGCCGGUCGUUGAAACCAUUGCCCAAAUGCACGAGCGCCUUGAUGGCAAGGGCUACCCAAAAGGGUUAGCCGGCGAGGCAAUCCGUCGAACCGCCCGAAUUCUGGGGACUUGCGAUGUCUUCUGCGCAAGGGUGGAGCCGCGGUCCUACCGCGCGGGCCUUGCACCCGACGCGGUGCUGGAUAUUCUGCAGGAGAAUUCCAGCCGCUAUGACCCCACAGUGAUCGAGGCGUUGAGACAGGUGACUUCGACUAUCUCCGGUGAAAAGCUGAUCGCCAGCAUCGCCUUCGCGCUCGACGGCACUAUCCGCACUGCCGGGCGGGUCGAAAUCAAUGCAAUGGAAUACCCCUGGAGUGCCGUCGGUCGCGUCAACGCAGGGGGACGCGGUCACUGCACGGGAUUUCUGGUGAGCGAGCGGCAUGUUAUCACCGCUGCCCACUGCCUCUUCGACCCCCGGGCCGGGCGGUGGCGCGGCCCCAUCGAGCUGCACUUCAUCGCUGGCUAUCAGCGCGACCGCUUCAUCCUGCAUUCCAAGGUGGCCAGCUACCGCCGGGCCGAAAACUACGAGUAUGCCAAUCCAGUUAGUGCUCGUGCCGCACUGCACGACUGGGCAAUCCUCACUCUUGAGAAGCCGAUCGGACGCAAGGCCGGCUGGCUCGGCAUGAAGAAGCUGGACAGCCUCAUGAUGUCGCGGAUCAAGGCCGGCGAUGCCCUGCUCAUACAAGCGGGCUACCGCCGCGACCGGGCCCAUGUCAUGUCGGCCGGCUGGGGCUGCACCUUCCGGGGCUUCAUUCAGCGAGGCCGGCUGAUCACCCAUGACUGCAAUGUCAUCCAGGGCGACUCGGGUUCGCCGCUCAUCCUCUUCGCCGACAGCGACUUCUACGCGAUCGGGCUGCAUGCCAUCGACCUGCGUUCCGACAAGGAUGGACCGCUGGCCGGAGUGCUCUCCUUCAGCCUCUUCCAUCCCGACGGCGGACGCCGCGACGCGGCUUCGGCUCUCUCCGGCACCUCCGCGCGCUGGGCCCAGGGAAUGCCGCCCGGCCAGGGCAGCGAGGCGGCGAUGGUGCCCCUGCGCACCAUCGACAGCCUUCUGGUCAGCCUGGGCUACCUCCAGCGCAGAGCGGAGCAACAGAGCCAGGAAGCGCGUGUUCAGGCGCUCAAACGCUUUCAGGGAGACCGCGGCCUGCCGAAAGACGGGCGUGCGUCUUUGGACAUCCUGGGCAAGCUCCUGCUCGCUGCCACGCGCUCCAUCGUCGUUUCCAAUGGCGUGGUUCGUAUCGAGCUGGUGCAACUUCGUAGAAAAGACGACAAGGCAGAGCUUGAGUCGCACACCAGCGGUCACCUGCUGAUGCCGGUCGGCUCCCUGAAGCAGCUGACCCUGCAACUGGCCAAGGCCUUGGAGCAGAUCCAGGCCCGCGUCGCCGAGAAGGACAGGCUCGACAACGCGCCGAAGGCCGGCGCGCAACGCGCCAAUUGGCCGGGCGCCGCCGCCGCUGCAGAGGCGGCAGCCGGGACCGGGUCCGUUCCGGCCGUUUUUGCCGGCUCCUGGCCGGCGCGGCGCCUUUACGCAAAAUUGAGCAUCUUGGCCGAAUCUGGCGGGGAUCCGUAUAGAAACAUGCCUGGGCAGUACAAGCACAUCUGCCAGCGGCUCGCCGCCGACAAAGACAAUACCGUGGUGUUCAUUACCAAGCGGGAAGGUAUCGAGCUUUCGAACAUCCACAAGGUGCUCUACAAGCCCAACCGAGAGCCCGCCGCCUCGACCCAUCGCUACAUCCGAGACGCUGAGCGUGGCAUCCUCCACGGACAGGAGGUCGCCCGCAAGGCGCUGGAACUGAAGAGCAAGGGCUUCGUACCCGACAUCAUCAUCGGUCAUCCCGGCUGGGGCGAGACGCUGUACCUGAAGGACGUGUUUCCCGACACACCGCUCUUGGGGUUCUUCGAGUUCUACUACCACGCCGUCGGCGCCGACGUUGGUUUCGAUCCGGAGAAUCCGGCCAGUCUCGACACGCACUGCCGCAUCCGGACCAAGAACAUCAUCCAGUUCAUGGGGCUGGAGUCCGCCGAUGCCGGAAUGACCCCGACCCUCUGGCAGUUCGAGCAGUAUCCCGCCGAGUUCCGGCACAAGAUCUCUGUUGUUCACGAUGGCAUCGACACCGCCGUCUGCAAGCGCAACCCCGAUGCCUCCAUCGAGAUCAAGAAUACCGACGGCGAGGUCACGACGCUGCGCCAGGGGGAAGAGGUCAUCACCUACGUGGUGCGCAACCUGGAACCCUAUCGCGGCUUUCCGCAGUUCAUGCGCGCAGCCGAGAUCAUCCUGAGGCGAAGGCCGAAGGCCCGCAUCAUCAUCAUUGGCGGCGACGAGGUGAGCUACGGGCGGCCGCUGCCCGACGGCGAGACCUACCGCAAGAAGGCCCUGGAAGAGGUCGAUCUCGAUCUCAGCCGUGUGUUCUUUCUGGGCCGGGUUCCCUACUCCACCUACCUGAACGUCAUUCAGGUCUCCGGCGUGCAUGUCUAUCUGACGUUCCCCUUCGUGCUCUCGUGGUCCGUUCUGGAAAGCAUGGCGGCCGAAUGCCUCCUGGUGGCCUCCGCAACGCCGCCGGUUCAGGAAGUCAUCAAGGAUGGAAGCAACGGCCUUCUCUUCGACUUCUUCGACCACGAGGCCAUCGCCAACCGCGUCGACGAGGUGCUGGACCACAAGGACCGCAUGGCGGCCAUCCGCAAAAAGGCCCGGACGACGGUUCUGCAGAACUACGACCUUGAAAAGUGCAUGAAGGAGCAGCUCAAGCUGAUCGACAAUCUGGUGGCCGGGAAACGCCCACAGCCGGGCGGCAAACCCGGCAAGCCGAGCUUCCGUCUGCCCUCGGGCAGCCGUGGAACGAAGCCUGCGGCGAAGAAAGCCUCGGGCGGGUCCUCGAAGACCGCAUCGAACGGCAAGACCAAGGCGGCCGCCAAAUCCGGCGGCACCCGCUCGACCGCGCGCAAGAGCAAGGCCAAGAAAGCGCCCGCGAAAAAGGCUUCGAGGGCUAAACCCUCCGGCGGGAGAGCGCCUUUCCGGCGGUCCGGCGAACCACGGGCGCAGCAGGGUCUCGAUAGCUUCGGCAAAUGGCAUACUCCGGAUUCCGGUGUGGGGCACUACCGCCGGCUGCUGCCGGUGGCGGAGGCCCUGGCCGCGCGGGGGCAUCAGGUCACUUUCUUCCUGCGUAACCCCUAUGACUGCAGGGCGCAGAUCACCAAGAACCCCUUCCCUUUCAUUCCGACACCCGACCUCGUGCCGCCCAACCCUGCGGAGCGCGAACCCAAGCGGAUGGGCAGCUACAGCGAUAUCAUGGUCUACUGCGGUUUCGGCCGGCUGGAGACGCUGUUCACGGCGACACUGGCCUGGCGGACCCUGUUCGAUCAGCUGCGCCCGGAUCUCAUCGUCUGCGACCAUAGCCCGGUGACCUGCUUUGCCGCCUACGGCCGCAUCCCGGUGGUGCAGAUCGGCGAUGGGUUCACCAUUCCGCCGGCGCAGGACGACGUCUUCCCGCCGUUUCGCGCGAAGAAAAAGGUCACGGUCGAUCCCGACCAACUGGUCUCGGUUAUGAACGAUGUGCAGGGACGACUGGGCGGCCCCAGGGUGCCCUGCGUGACCGCGCCGCUGCGCACCGCGGGACGACUGAUCUGCACCCUGAUGGGGCUGGACCCCUACAAGGACCUCCGCGAGGAUCCGGUGAUCGGUCCGACCGAGGGCCUGCAGCCCCCCACACCGAUGCCAAAGACCCAAUCGCUCUUUGUCUACCUGGGCAUCGAUCAAAGGAUAACCCCCCGGUUCCUGGAAGUCUUGAAGGCGUCGAAGCUGCCGGCGCGGGCGUACAUCCGCGGCAUGACCGAGGAAGCCGCCGAGACCUACGCCCGCCCGGGCCUGACCUUCUACAAAGCGCCGCAGCCCAUCGAUGAAAUGCUGCGCGACGCUACCAUGACCGUUCAUCACGGCGGCAGCGGCAUGUGCCUGGCGUCGUGCAGUGCUGGCCGCAUUCAACUGGCCCUGCCCAUCCAUGAGGAAACGCUCUUGAAUGCCCGCGCCCUGGGGCGCAUCGGCGUGGGCCGCAUGGCCACCGGCAAGGAACUCGAGGAGAGCGGCCAGGAGAUCCUGGACGAAACCGUCGCCGACCCGAGAAAGGCCGAGCGCGCGCGGAUCAUUGCCGAAGAGAUCAGAGACGUGGGGCCGUUUCGCCCGAUGGAGCGGAUCAUCGAGACCUGCGAGAGUGUCCUGGGCGGUCGCUGA